AUGAUAUCUGUGACGUUAACAAAUGGCUAUGUUUAUGAUAAGUUGUCUGAUCUAGGCUUGUGUGUUUUCACGGGAAACAUGAAAAGAUUGAAAAAAUUACUAAAAAAAACUGGGAUAAAUACCAAGUUUACAAAUGAUAGUAGCUUGCUGCAUAUAUGCUCACAUAACGAUAACCCAAAUAUGUUUUAUUUUUUAUUAAGUAAAGGAUGUGAUUAUACACAUAUUAAUGGGAAUGGAGAUACAUGCUUGCACAUGAUUGUCUUAAACAACAACAUAUCAUGUCUCGAAAUUCUUUGCAGAUAUGAUAUCAAAGAUAUUAUCGAUAUAAAAAAUAGGGAUGGAGAUACGGCCCUACAUAUCUCCAUUAAAAAUGGAUUUUAUGAAUGUUUUUUUUUAUUAAUUAAAAAAGGAGCAGAUACUGAAAUAAAAGAUUAUUUUGAUAUGGAUUCUUAUGAACUAGUAGAUUUAUACGAAAAAAAAGAAAAGUUAUACGAUUGUUAUUCUAGCACAUAUGCUAAUAUGUUUAAUUUAUUAGCAAGCAUGAGACGAUCCAAAUAG